UUACCAAUUUUACAGAAUAAAUUGCUUUUCUUACAUAAAUAUUAAAUCAGUGGAGUACUAUAUAAUAAAAAUGAGGAUAUCAACGGCACUGUUAGGGGGCCCUAGACAGACGAAUGCUAGAAGACCCCAAUUAGAGAAAAAUGUUCCGUUUCAAAUGUUGCUACCCCUCAAGCUAAGAAAAGAAGUUUCUGGCAAAGGGGAUAAGAUGAAAGAAGCAGCAUGUAUGCAGGAGAUGGCAGUAAUGUUUGCCUGCUUCAAGAAGAAUGAGUUUGACCAAGCUCAAUGCCUUAAAGAAAUAGCUGCCUUCAAAGGCUGUUACAAAGAUUAUAAUGAAAGAGCUAAAUUGCAGCAUGAGCAAGCGAAGAAAGGUAUUUUAGUCCCAGGAGAAAAGAAUUUGACACACAGACAAGUUAACCAGCUGUUAAAGUCAUUCCCACCUUUGAAAUAGUAAUGUUGUUAUAAUGAUUAGGAUAAAUAUAUUUAUGUAGUUUA